CCCCGGGGGGGUGGGGGUCACGUGACGCCCGUGUUGACAGUGGGACCGCUUGCACAAGGAGCUCGGGCUCCGCAGGUGCGUGGUGCAAUGUCAUGGUCGCGGCGCCUCUGAGCUGAGAGCUGCACCAAAAUACAGAUUUGUAUUUGUCCAGCGGGGCGCGCAGCGCUUUUUGCGAUCCACCGCACGUGAUAGAGGUCGAUGACACAACGCCGACGAGCUUUAAAAGGACAGUCUGUUGUUGUGCGCUUGCCUGUGCCCGGUCCGGGAGAAAAGCCACCCUCUCCGUCACGGAACCGCACCUGGCAGUCUCAGAGUGGAUGCUGGAGGUAACAGGUCCCCUGCUCCUUCUGGAACAUGGCUGUGCUGCGACAGUUCCGUCUGCUGCUCUGGAAGAAUUACAUCCAGCAGAAGCGUCAGAUCCUGGUGACUCUCGUUGAAAUCGCCCUGCCCCUGCUUUUCGCCGCCAUCCUCAUCAUCCUGAGACAGCGGGUGACGUCCACCAUCCACCCCAACGCCACCUCUUACGACCGCUUCUCCGUCUCGGAUAUCCCCUGGCCACUGUCCUGGCUGUCCCUGCAGCUGGCCUACAUCCCCGGGAACGUCAGCGCGGUUCGGAACGUCGCGGUCGACGUGCAGAAGAGCCUUAGCACCUACUCCAUCGGAGAAGUCCGCGGCUUUGACACCGAGGCGGACUUUGAGCAGUACGUGAAGUCAGACCCGGAGUCGGGGAAGAUUCUGGCGGCGCUGGUGUUUGAGCAUGCCUUCAGCCAUGAGGACGAACCUUUACCGCUGCAGGUGAGCUACCACCUGAGGUUCAAGUACAGCCCCCGAAACGCCCCACCAGCGGAGAAGUCCGAACUGAAUCCCAACAAUGACCGCGACUGGCACACGCUCAGUCUCUUCCCCCUGUUCCAGCUGCCAGGGCCCAGGGAACCCAAAUACAAAACAGGCGGAACCCCAGGCUACUACCGCGAGGGAUUCCUGGCCAUCCAGCACGCGGUGGACAGGGCCAUCAUCCGCGCCCACGACUCGGGCUCCCUGCUGGACCGGCUCCACGUCUGGCUGGAGCGCUUCCCCUUCCCGCCCUACAUCAACGACCUCUUCAUCCUGGCCAUCCAGAACCAGCUGCCCCUGCUGCUGGUGCUCAGCUUCACCUACACGGCCCUGAACAUCGUGCGCGCCGUGGUGCAGGAGAAGGAGAGGAAGCUGAAGGAGUACAUGCGGAUGAUGGGCCUCAGCAACUGGCUCCACUGGUCCGCCUGGUUCCUGAUGUUCUUCCUCUUCCUGCUCAUGUCCGUCUUCUUCGUCACUCUGCUGUUCUGCGUGAAGGUGAGCCCCAAUGGAGCAGUGUUGACAUACAGCGACCCCACCCUGGUCUUCGCCUUCCUGCUGACCUUUGCCGUGUCCACCAUUAACUUCAGCUUCAUGAUCAGCUCCUUCUUCUCACGAGCCAAUGUGGCGGCGGCUGCGGGCGGCUUCAUCUACUUCCUUUCCUACAUCCCGUAUGUCUUCAUCUCUCCACGCUACGACCUCCUGUCUCAUCCGCAGAAGGUGGCCGCCUGCCUCAUCUCCAACGUGGGCAUGGCCAUGGGCUCCCAGCUCAUCGGAAUGUUCGAGGGCAAAGGCACAGGGAUCCAGUGGAGUAACCUGUUUCAGCCGGUGACUGUGGAUGACAACUUCUCCCUGGGCCAGGUGAUGGGUCUGCUGCUCCUGGACUCCUGUCUGUAUGGGCUGGUGGCCUGGUAUGUGGAGGCUGUUUUCCCUGGAGAGUAUGGGGUCCCUCUUCCCUGGUAUUAUUUCAUCCUGCCUUCCUACUGGGGUGGCACCCCCCGUCUGGCCCUGCUGAAGGAGAAGGAGGAAGAGGAGGAUGCAGAGAAGGCGCUGAAGGGCGAGUUUAUCGAGGAGGAGCCGGCAGGCCUGGUGUCGGGGAUCAAGAUCAAACACCUCGCCAAGGUUUUCAAGGUUGGCAGUAAGACCCGUGAGGCAGUGAGAGACCUGACCGUUAACAUGUACGAAGGGCAGAUCACGGUCCUCCUUGGACACAAUGGAGCUGGGAAGACCACCACGCUGUCCAUGCUGACCGGGCUCUUCCCCCCGUCCAGCGGCCGGGCCUACAUCAGUGGCUACGACAUCUCCCAGGACAUGGCCCUGAUCCGCCGCAGCCUGGGGCUCUGCCCGCAGCACGACGUCCUCUUCGACAACCUCACCGUGGAGGAGCACCUGAGCUUCUACGCGCAGCUGAAAGGGUAUCCCCAGGAGAAGACCCCCGAGGAGGUCGACCGCAUCCUGCGCAUCCUGAACCUGGAGGACAAGCGCCGCGCCCACUCCAGGACUCUGUCGGGCGGGAUGAAACGCAAGCUGUCCAUCGGGAUUGCCCUCAUUGGGGACUCCAAGGUGGUGAUGCUGGAUGAGCCCACGUCGGGCAUGGACCCCUCCGCCCGCCGCGCCACCUGGGACCUGCUGCAGAGCCAGAAGCAGGGCCGCACCAUCCUGCUGACCACACACUUCAUGGACGAGGCCGACCUGCUGGGCGACCGCAUCGCCAUCAUGGCACAGGGGGAGCUGCAGUGCUGCGGGUCGCCCCUGUUCCUCAAGAACAAGUACGGCGCGGGCUACCACAUGGUGAUAGUGAAGGACUCCCUGUGCAACGUGUCGGAGAUCACGCGGCUGGUGAAGAUGUACGUGCCCAACGCCACCUUGGAAAGCAGUGCAGGAGCCGAGCUGUCCUAUAUCCUGCCUAAGGAAAGCACCAGCCGGUUUGAGCUGCUGUUUGCGGAGCUGGAGCUGAACAGAGAGGGCCUGGGCAUCGCCAGCUAUGGGGCCUCAGUCACGACGAUGGAAGAGGUUUUCCUCAGGGUGGGGAAGCUGGUCGACUCCAGCCUGGACAUCCAGGCCAUCCAGCUGCCAGCGCUGCAGUACCAGCACGAGCGCCGGUCCCACGACUGGAGCAUGGACGAUGCCAGCAGCAUGAGCGGCAUGACGGACGUCACCGACUUCACGGACAGCGGGACGCUCAUCUCCGAGGACGGCUCCAACAUCAAGCUCAACACGGGGGCCAAGCUCUUCCUGCAGCAGUUCUACGCCAUGUUCCUGAAGAGGGCGCUGUACAGCUGGCGCAACUGGAAGGUCAUGGUGGCGCAGUUCCUGGUGCCGCUGAUUUUCACCGUGCUGGCCCUGGUGGUGGCCCGCGCCUUCCCCGGGCCCCAGGACUCGCCCCAGCUGCGCCUGGCCCUGAGCCUCUACGGCCCCACCGCUGUGCCCGUGGCCCUGGAACCCGGGGCCGGCUCUCUGGCGGCGGCCCUGGCUGCGGCGUACCGGGGCCAGCUCCCUGCGGAGAAGGCCCGGGCCAUAAACGUCUCCGGCCUGCCAGAGUACGUGCUGCGGGCGGCCGAGGACGAGGGCGGCGCCUUCAACGAGCACUGCGUGGCGGGCGCGUCCGUCAGGGACGGCCCCAGCGGGGUGGAGGCGACGGCCUACUUCAACAACCAGGGCUACCACACCCCCCCCGCUGCGCUGCUGCUGGUGGACAACGCCAUCUACAGGCUCAUCGCGGGGCCCAACGCCUCCAUCCGCGCCGGGAACUACCCCAUGCCGCGGAACGUCUCGGAGACCGCCCGCGACGAGCUCACGGAGGGCCAGACAGGCUUUGCCAUUGCCAUUAACCUGAUGUACGGCAUGGCCUCCCUGUCCAGUACCUUCGCUCUGCUCCUGGUCACCGAACGCUCCCUCAAGUCCAAACACGUGCAGCAGGUCAGCGGUGUCUACCUGUCCAACUUCUGGUUCUCUGCACUGCUGUGGGACCUCAUCAAUUUCCUGCUGCCCUGCGUGCUCAUGCUGGUGGUGUUCAGGGCCUUCGGCGUGCAGGCCUUCACUCAGGACACGCACCUCGUGGACGUCAUGCUGAUCCUGAUGCUGUACGGCUGGGCCGUCAUCCCCCUGAUGUACCUGCUGAGCUUCCUCUUCUCCACCGCGGCCACAGCCUACACCCGCCUCACCAUCUUCAACAUGAUCAGCGGCACCGCCACCUUCCUCACCGUCACAAUCAUGGCCAUCCCUGAACUCAAGCUUGUAGACCUCUCCAAGAUUCUUGACAAAGUCUUCCUGGUCUUCCCUAACUACUGCCUGGGCAUGGCGUUCAGCGAGUUCUACCAGAACUAUGAGCUGCUGAAGUUCUGCCCUUCCAGCAGCUUGAGCGAAGCAAUUUGUCAAAUGUACAAUCUCACCUAUCAGGAGAACUACUUCGACUGGGCAGCACCUGGGGUGGGACGGUUCCUAGUGGCCAUGUCUUCACAGGGCGCCGUCUUCCUCGUUCUCCUCUUCGUCAUCGAGCUCCAUUGGUUCCGCACUCUCUGCCGCCUCUGCGGCGCCCUCUUCAGGAGGCGCAAGAAAGUGGCCGUGACGAGCGAAUCCGCCCUGGUGCCGGAGGACAGGGACGUGGCGGAGGAGAGGAAGCGCGUGCUGGAGUGCCAGCCUGCCGUGGAGUCCAUGAUGGGAAGCCCUCUGGUCCUGCAGGAGCUGAGCAAGGUCUACAGCAGCGGAGAGACCUUGCUGGCCGUUGACCGCCUGUCCCUGGCGGUCGGGAAGGGGGAGUGCUUCGGGCUGCUGGGCUUCAACGGAGCCGGAAAGACCACCACCUUCAAGAUGCUGACCGGGGACGAGACCGUGACCACUGGAGAUGCCUACAUCGAUGGCUACAGCAUCCUGAGGGAUAUCAAGAAGGUGCAGCAGCGGAUUGGCUACUGCCCCCAGUUUGACGCCCUCUUGGACCACAUGACGGGACGGGAAACGCUGAACAUGUACGCACGCCUGCGGGGCAUCCCGGAGAAGUACGUGGCGGGCUGUGUGGAGAACGUGCUGCGGUCCCUCCUGCUGGAGCCACACGCCGACAAGCUGGUUCGCAACUACAGCGGGGGGAAUAAAAGAAAGCUGAGUGCAGGGAUGGCUCUUAUCGGGGGGCCACCCGUCAUAUUCCUGGACGAGCCCUCCACGGGGAUGGACCCCGUUGCUAGGCGACUGCUGUGGGAUGCGGUAACCAGGACGCGAGAAUCGGGGAAAGCCAUCAUCAUCACCUCUCACAGUAUGGAGGAAUGCGAGGCGCUGUGCACCCGGCUGGCUGUGAUGGUCAAUGGCCAGUUCAAAUGCCUGGGCAGCCCCCAGCACCUCAAGAGCAAGUUUGGCAGCGGCUACACCCUCCUGGCCAAGGUGAGGGUGGAGUUUGAGGAGACCGACCUGCAGCCUUUCAAGGACUUCAUCGAGAGCACCUUCCCAGGGAGCAUGCUGAAGGAUGAGCACCAGGGCAUGGUCCAUUAUCACCUGACUGACAAGAGCCUCACCUGGGCACAGGUGUUUGGAACCCUGGAAGCUGCCAAAGAGAAGUAUGGGAUUGAGGACUACUGUGUGAGCCAGAUUUCUCUGGAGCAGGUCUUCCUAAGCUUUGCCCAGUUCCAGCACUGCUUGGAGAGCGGUAGGAAAUAAGACAGCUGAGCCCCCCUACUGUGAAGAAGGCCGUGACACUCCUGCUGGGAGCGCGCGAGGCAGCUACACCCUCCUCAGGUCUACCUUCCCACACACUGGCCUUCACCACCACCCAGUCUACACCAGGAAAAGACCACAGUGCUGGAAGCAGCCUGCAGUAGCAAGAUGCCUGCUUUCUUUAGACUUUGUGUCCAAAACGUACUUGACAAAGGACCCUGCAGUAUGUUUUGAGACUUGCACCUCCUUGUACACCAAGUAUGAAUUGUAUUGUUGCACCUUCAGUUUAAGGACCUCUUGUGACACUAAAAGGGACUGACACUAAGGCCUAUAAUUGUGUGACAGUCAGGGUCUAUGUGUUGUUUGUGUGUAAUGUUUUUUAUUAUUAUUUCUUGGUUCCACCUGGUUCUUACUGUGGUUUUAACUGUUGGAAGAUGAAAAUGCCAGUUACCCUGGAUUUGUAACUUGGAUUGAAACGGCCUUUUCUGCAGAAUCACCCAAAUGCUUCAAGAUCUUACUGUGGCUGGAAUCAUUAAAGUCAGUUAAAGUUAAAGUCAGAAGAACAAUCUGCAUGGAGUUCACAUGGCAAAUCUCUGAGAAUGUUUUUGUGGUGUCGUCCACGUUUGCAUGUCAGCACAAAGUAGCUUUUUCUUUCAAAAUGUCUGAAAUGUAAAUAGUACAAAUAGCAGAAAAUAUUUAAAGAACGAUAAGUACCUUAGGCAUUGUAGUUAUAUCUAAAAUAGAAUUGCAUGACUACAUUCAAAUAUGUUUCCAGUUGCAAAGCAUGAGAAAGGAAAGUGUAGGUGCCUGCUAGAAAACUUAGCCAAAAAAAACCUUCUUAGAGAUGUUCAUUGGGCUUUCUUCAGAAAAAUAAAAUCUCGUACUUACUGAAAUUUGAAUCGGUAGAAAUGUGGUGCGUAUUUCACAAUCUGUUUUCACAAGGGGCUGGUUGAGACAUGCCACACCAGUGUGUCGCUGAUUGUGACUGUGAUUCUGAAAUCGCCCCCCCUUCCUAUGAUGUAGCUGAGUGGGUAACUGGUCCUGCUCUCUCUGCGGGUGUAAAAACUGUUAAAGCCACAGUAACCAGGAGAGAACGUGGUGGGGUGGACGUCUGGACCAUAUACUCAAUGGCAUUUCCUAGUCUUUGUGUAUGAGGUCUGCGCUGUGUCCUGGGAAUAUCUUCUGUGAGAAGGUCUUGCUUUAAAUCACUGACAUUCCAUCCAUUUCAUCUCCUGAAAGCGCCUGAUUCCCAAGUGCAGCCUGUCUGGAAUUGCCCAGGGUACUUUCGGCAGGUUUCCAGGUGUUAGGUUUUUCUGAACUGCGGGGUGUGAGUGAAACGACUGCUGUUUUUCUGACCCCCCCACCCCUGCUAGAGUUCUGUAAACAGGUCUUGUUUGUUUCACAGCCGUCUCUGUGCCGUCCACUUAUGAUUGACAUAUUCUGCUGACCACAGUGAUACUGAUAAGCAGACACUGCUCCUUCAGAGGACGAAGCUGGUAGGACCAAGUAGUCCCCUGGUUGUUUCCACAGUCUGUGCGUUCCAGUGUGAAAGUUUAUGAUUUUUUUUUCUUGCAACGUUCAAUGCAAAUAGCAUCUUUCUCAUAGCAACGCAGGAUGCAGGAUGCAGAAUUGGAGACCCAAUGGCCAAAUUUUGAGUUGGUGUCUUAGCCACACCCUAAAUUCAGCAUUUUACUUAACUGCUUUGUUUACUGCUCCUGCUUUCCUUUUGUUCAGUGAUUGCACGAUUAACGUCAGCGGCCUAAUGCUUUUCCUGGAGAGAUUGACAAACGGCGAUGUACGGUUCUUUUUAUUCUUCUGGCCACUUUAAAGUCAGAUGUGUGACGUUAGGAGCACAGAUUCCAUAAAGCUGGAAAAGGGAUAGGGGAGAACUAGGAAUCCCAGCAUGCAGCACACAGCUUGUUAUUCAAGAUGGUGUCAUACACCAUGUAUAUGAAGGGACUAAUUGUGACAAAUAAGGGAAUAUUUAAAGGAUCAUAUUUUAAUGUGUUAGUGGGAAUUCUGUUAUGACUGUGCAAAGAAGCUAUGACUUUUUCUGCAAAAAUGUUUUCUUUUAAAUUGCAUUGAAUUGCAUUGCACUGAAAGAAUGAGGACCUACAGACAUGCUCCUCUGUCGUGCCCACCCGUCAGAGCCUUUCAUUUUUUGACGCACUGCAAGCUCCAUGGUGCCUUAUGGGAGAUCUAAAUUCUGAUUGGAGGAGUGGUAUAUCUCGCACUGAUGUCACUGCAAGCUUCCAGGUGCCCAACAGGUCACAGGAGAUAUUCUUUGCCUGCAAGUGGAGAGGACUCUGGGAAACGUAACACACAGCCUUUCCUAAGGCACGUGGGUAAUCUCUCCGCCUCUUUGGGAAUCUCUGGAAUUUUCUGUUACAGAUAUGAGCCAAUGGCUGCAGAUGCUAGAGGCAGUUUUCCUGAUCUGCUGAGGGAUUGGUCACCAAUGUCUCCUGUUUCAAACCCAUGUGUUUUAUGACCUGUCAGGCUGGCUCGUGCGCUACUGAGAAUUUAAAAGGCACCGACAGAAUUUUAUUUUAUGACAGGUCAAAAAAACUUCUUUCUACAGAGUUUAUUUUUCUGAUCCUUUAAAAACAAUGCUGUGCAGCUGAGACAUGAGACUUGUUGUUUUGAAUAGACUAAAGGAGUUUGGGCUUACGGCACAGAUCAGAUUCAUGAAGGGUGUAAUCUAGAGCAAGGAUGGCCAUCCCUGGUCCUGGAGAUCCACCAUCCAACAGCUUGUAUACUGUAUGUCAUCAUCAUAUCAUCAGUUUGUUUAGACUUGGAACACAUGAGAUUAGACCACUUUGGCAUCUGAUUUUAAUUUUAACAGAUUUGGGUAUUUGAAAUUAAAAUACCAGCUCCCCUAUGGCUCACUAGGUUGCCAGAUGGGCCGUCCAAUUCAGUUACUAACUUGAUCGAAACAAAAGCAUUCUCAAAUUGCUGACUUAAGGGUGACCCAUUGAAUGUUUCGGAUUCUGGCUCUUCAUGGCCGAGGCUGUCUACCUGUAAUGUGAGGGAGCCGCAGUCGGAGUUACAAGGAUCCGUAGAGCAUUGGCGCUGUGCCGGCUGCCGAUCUGAUUGCACCUGUUCCGAGUUUUGCCCGGUGGGGGGUUUUUGUCUCUAGGGCCGCCCCCUCGGCCCGUAGAACGACCGGCCCACCAGAGCAGCUUUCGGACGUUUCGUGAAAAUGGAAGCCACCUUCAAAAACGGAACGAGACUACGCGUUUGUACGCCCUCCAGUGGACGUGUCGAAGAGUGCGUGAGGGUGCUGGGGUGUCUGUUGAGCUCUUUCCUUCGAGGUUGCUGUUAAACCCCCUAGGGACUCCCAGCCAUUCGGUUCAGCUCAUUCGUUGGGUUGCUAGUAGCUAAUAGUUCGAGGAUCUCAUCCAGCUGUUUUUUUUUUUAAUCCAGGGUGUCGGUUUGGGUAGCCUAAUCCACACCCCGUUUGUGUAAAGUGUAAAAUGAUACCUUUUGUUCUCUGAAGUCCAGUUUGACAUAAUAUCAACCACAUGAUAUCACCCAGUGUCCUCUGCUUCAUGUUUCAAUGAUGGUUUCAUUUCCAGUAGCAUAACUGUCUGCCUAUAACUCAUCCACCUUGCAGAAGUAGUUACAGGCAAAAUAACUGGUUUGGCAUCCUUCAUUUAGAGCUGUUAUUCACCAGUUCAGUUCAUUUAAAAUUGACUGCAUAUGGUUAUUUAAACCACUUACUGCUCUUUUAAAUGUAGAUUUAACACUAGGAUGAAUUAGCGUUAAGUACUAAAGGUAUCAGUUGAAUUAAUUGAUUCCAGCAGCCAUCUAAUCCAAUUUGCACCACUAUGAAACUUGCACAGACAAAAGGACAUUAAAUAAUAGCUGUGUGCACAGACUUCAGUGACAGACGUAUGUGUGUGUGUUCUUUAAUAAAUAGGACAUCUUUUUUUGCACAAGUAAUGUUUGUAACUUUGCUCUUCUUAUGUUUCCUUUUUUUUUAUUUUGGUCUGAUUUUAAGUUAUGAAUACAUAUUUUGUACAUGUAAUUUGUAAUGCCCAGGGGAUGCAUUAAAACUUCUGUGUAAAUUCUUAAUCUUAAAAUCCUGUUUAGUCCAUCUUCUGAAUAAUGUGUUCACCUUGUGAUUAAAAUUUGAUAAUUGAUUGCCAUUUACCUUUUUAUGAACCUUGAAUGCAGAGGGUUGUAGAAGGUGGGUUAUAAUGUGUAAAAUGCUUGGGAUAAUAGUGUGCAGAACACAGGCCUGUGAACAGGGACAGCAGUAACUUGGCUUCAGUGAUAAUGUUUGACUGCUCACCUUGAAAAAACAGACUUGAGCCUCGGAUGAUAAGAACCCGUAUUGCAGAACAGGAAAUGUGGCCCCAGCUGUAGUACAUGUCCCAAGACAUGUUUACAGUACGUCUUGUAAAAUAAUACAUUGAUAUCACUGUUGCAAACAAAAUCAAUUUUGAUCAUUUAUUUCUUUGGUACGGAAAAUAUUUCAGCUCAGUUGAAUGUGCGCAUGAAAACGUGUUUAUUUACAUGCAGGGAUCUCAUUUAAGAGAGAAGAGACCAAAUGUCUGUAUGAGAGAAAAGAAAAGUGGGUGAGAGCCUUCAGUGAGUUACUGAUUGAUGGUUUUCUGUACAGGUUGUCUCUGUUAUCUAAGUUCCUAUCGCUCUCAUUGCCAUUUGUACCCAAACCAAACUGUUUCUCAGUGACGAUGUCCAAUACAAUAUUCGACAGGGCAGUGCAGUUAAAAACUUAAAUCCUAGAGAGGAUGUUUAUGUGGCUUUGUGGGAAUAUCCAUCCAUUUGAUCACAGGUGCGAUUUUCUGUUUAUAAAGGGACACUGGACAUCAGCAGAGCUGUGUCUGGAAAACCGAUUGCAUUGUGCAGAAUCAAGAAACUUGAACUAUUUAUGGUAAUGAAACAAGCUAUGUACUAUAUAAGGGAAUUAUGUUGCAAACUAAUGUACUGUACUAUUGAACUAACCUUGUCUACUGUAAUUUUUUUUUAAAUUAAAACGGCUUUAUGCAAAUCAGAA